AUGCGAAUCCCAUGCUACGGCCGGUCGAUGUUUCCAGAAGAAAAAAUCCAACGAGAAGUUUCCGUGAUGCGUUUUCUCGAGUUUCAUACCUCUAUCCCAGUUCCUCAUAUCCUUCGUUAUGGCAUGGCCGAGGAGAGUCCAGAUGAACUGGGGCCGUUCAUUAUCAUGGAGUAUAUCGACCACAAGUACGACCUCAUCGACGCACUGAAUACACCGGGAAUCCCAGAUGACGAGCGGCCAAUGCUAGACCCUCAGAUCGCGGAGGAACGGCUCAUUUUUGCUUACGGUCAAAUGGCCGGUAUCAUGCUUCAGCUAUCGAAGCACACAUUCGCCGAGAUCGGCUGUAUAGCCCGAGCCAACGAGGAUGACGACUUUGACGACGUGUGGGUUGUGAAACACCGUCCAUUGACGUUAAACAUGAACGAGCUCGUCCAAGUGGGAAAUUUUCCUCCCCACCUCCUUCCUGAUGGUCCUUUUCCGACCUCGUCAUCCUACUACCGGGCCCUUGCUGAUAUGCACCUUGCCCACCUGGUGACUCAGCGCAAUGACGCCGUUGCCUCACCCGAGGACUGCAGAGCAAACUGUAUCGCAAGAUUUCUGUUCCGGAAGCUUGCACGGGAGGGUCGGUUCUGCAAGUACCACGAACGGGGCCCGUUCAAGCUGUUUUGCGACGACUUCCGUCCUGCAAAUGUGCUGACAAAUGCGGAAUUCCAGGUCGUUGGGGCAGUCGAUUGGGAAUAUACCUAUGCAGCACCACUGGAAUUCGCUUACAGCGCCCCAUUCUGGCUGUUGCUCGACCUGCCUGAAUACUGGCCAGGAGGGCUGGAUGACUGGACAAAUGUCUAUGAGACCCGCCUGGGGACUUUGCUCAGGGUACUCGAAGAGAGAGAGAAGGUGGCAAUCGAUCGUGGGCUGUUGUCCGAAGAACACCGUCUCUCCACAUACAUGAGGGAGGCUGGGAGAGUGGAGAUUUCUGGAUUCUAUGGCGAUGGGAAUCUCGACGAUCGUCUCCACCUACUGACUGUGGAAGAAAGGCAAGAGGUAGACGACAUAGUGCAGAAAAAGAUGAAGAAAAAGGAGGAGAGGAAACUAACAGACUGGGCAUUGAGUCGCCAUGUUGAACACCCCUAG